AUGGCUUCACUGUAUCAGAGAUUUACGGGGAAGAUUAAUACAAACAAAUCUUUCCCACACCCACCUGAGGCCAGCCACCUUCUUGGAGGACAGGUCACAGACGAAGAAAAGGCAGGCAAGACUCCUCAGCCGACCACAGAUGGCCGACUCCGAGUCCAGUACAGAAAGAGAAAUACAUGCGAGGACGAAGACGAACUGGUUGGGAGUAGCCCUCCUCAGAGGAACUGGAAGGGAAUUGCUAUCGCUCUACUGGUUAUACUCGUCAUCUGCUCUCUGAUCGUCACCGCUGUCAUCGCGCUGACCCCACCUGACAAUGAUGACCUGGCCUUGAUGAGUAAGAUUACCAUUCUGGACAUCUUCAGCAAGGAUCUUCAAGUUCAUGACCCUGAAGCUAAGUGGCUUAGUGAGACCGAGCUGCUGUAUCGGAAUCGGAAAGGCGAUGUGGUUGUACACGAUUUUGAGGCCAAUAAGACAGAGAUUUUGGUUGGAAACCAGAUGUUUGAAACCAGCAGAGCCACCAAAUAUCAAAUAUCCCCAGACCGGACCCACGUGCUACUGGCCUACAACGUGGAACCUAUCUAUCAGUAUUCCUAUAUGGCCUCUUACACCAUCUGCAGUCUAACAACCCCGGACACAGUGAGUCUGGUGCCUCCUGAGGUGAAAAAUGCCAAGCUACAAUACGCUGGAUGGGGGCCCACGGGACAACAACUGAUCUUCAUAUUUGAGAACAACAUUUAUUACCGUCAAACAGUGAAGGACCGAACUAUCCGCCUGGUAUCUACUGGAAAAGAGGGAGUUGUCUUUAAUGGAUUAGCUGACUGGCUCUAUGAAGAGGAAAUCUUCCAGAGUCACAUCGCACACUGGUGGUCUCCAGAUGGCCUCAGGCUGGCAUAUGCCACCGUCAACGACACCCUGGUGCCCAAGAUGGAAAUCACCAUGUUCACAGGCUCCCUGUACCCCAACGGACAGGAGUACCACUAUCCCAAAGCUGGGGAGGAGAACCCUGUGAUUUCCCUGUCUGUGGUCAGUCUGAAUGGACCCCCACACACAGUUGAGAUAAAGAAGCCAGAGGACCCCAGGAUGGGAAAGGAGUAUUAUAUAACCAUGGUGAAAUGGGCCACUAGCACUAAGCUGGCUGUGAACUGGCUUAACAGAGGGCAAAAUAACUCCAUUCUGACUCUGUGUGAGGCGACCACGGGAAUUUGCACAAAGAAACACGAGGAUGAGAGCGAGAGCUGGCUCCACAGACAGAACGAAGCUCCGCUCUUCUCCAAAGAUGGCCUGAGAUUCUUCUUUAUUCGGGCGGUUCCUCGAGGGGGCAGAGGCAAAUUCUUCCACAUCUCCAUGUCUUCGUCCCAGCCAAACUCUAGCACUGCCACACUGCAGUCCCUAACCACAGGGGACUGGGAUGUCACUGAGGUCUUAGCCUAUGAUGAACAGCCACAGCUGAUCUAUUUCCUGAGCACAGAGGGUGAUCCUAGAGGACGACACCUUUACAGUGCCAGUACACGGGAGCCGUAUAACAGACGCUGCCUGUCCUGCCAGUUUGAAUGUGACUAUGUCAGCGGUUCAUUCAGUCCCGGGGCACAAUAUUUCUUACUCAGCUGCAAAGGACCGGCUGUGCCCUACACAGCUGUGUACAGUAUCAGAGAUGGACAGUAUCAGAAAGUGCUGGAUGUGGAGACCAAUGAGUCAAUGAACAAAACAGUCAGGAAAAUGCAGAUGCCAAAGGUUGAGUGGAAGAAAAUCAUCAUCGACGGUUAUGAGCUGAUGAUACAGAUCCUGAAACCGGCGGCGUUUGUGAAUACAGCUCAUUACCCGUUACUACUGAUAGUGGACGGCACCCCCGGUGGCCAGGCGGUGUCAAAGCAGUUCCAGGUGGACUGGGCCACGGUGCUGGUGAGCACGUUCAGCACCAUCGUGAUCCGUUUCGAUGGGCGUGGCAGCGGCUUCCAGGGCACCAACCUGCUCCACCAGGUGUAUAAAAGACUGGGCGAACUGGAGGGGGAGGACCAGCUCCUGGCUCUGGGUGCUGUAUCAGAUGAGCCGUAUGUGGACAAAAGCAGAAUUGGAGUCUAUGGAAGAGUGUACGGAGGAUAUUUAGCCAGCUUACUCAUAAGCCCUGAAGGGUCUCCAUUCAAAUGUGGUGCUGCAGUGUCACCCAUCACAGACUUCAAGUUAUAUGCAUCUGCCUUUUCGGAGAGGUUUUUAGGAUCACUUCAGUCCAACCCACGCGCAUAUAUGUCUGCAAAUUUAACACACCGCGCAGGACCUCUCAAAGACAAGAAGUUUCUGAUUAUUCAUCCUACAGCUGAUGAAAAAGUACAUUUCCAGCACACUGCGACAUACCUAAGUCAUUUAAUCAGUCAAAAGGCCAAUUACAGCCUACAGAUUUACCCGGACGAGGGUCACUUCCUCCACAUCCCAAGCUCCCAGCAGCACCUCAGCCAGUCGCUGGUGAACUUUUUUGAGGAGUGCUUCAAACCUCCAGAGGUCGAGACUGAAGACCAGCAGGAGAACGAGGACGACGGCUAG